AGCAGACUCUAAAUACCCAAUAGGGGUAAAAGAACAUUGCUCAUCCUGGGCUUAAUUUUGAUGUGGUCUGUCCGACUGCCCAGAAGUGGAACCAAGGGCUUUUGAAGUUUAGUGUGCUGCCAUCAUGUGGAUUCUUCUGGUAGUGCUUCUGUCUCUGAUCCUGUUGUACAGAUGGUACAGACAAAGUCAGAUACUAGAGAAUCUCUCAGAUAAAUAUGUGCUGAUCACAGGAUGUGACUCUGGCUUUGGGAACUUAGCAGCAAAACAGCUGGAUCGCCGUGGUCUGAGGGUGCUGGCUGCUUGUCUGACUGAGAAAGGUGCUGAGGAGCUGAAGAAGGAGACAUCCAGCAGACUGCAGACUGUGAUCCUGGAUGUUACUGACAGUGAGAGUGUUAAGUCUGCUACACAGUGGGUCACCCGUAUACUUAAUGGCAAAGGUCUUUGGGGAUUGGUGAACAAUGCAGGAAUUUUAAUUCCCAUGGCUCCUAAUGAGUGGCUACAAAAGGAAGACUUUAGCAAGAUACUCAAUGUCAAUUUGCUGGGAAUGGUUGAUGUUACCCUCAGUCUUCUUCCACUCAUCAGGAAGGCUAGAGGGCGUAUUGUCAAUGUGUCUAGCAUCGCAGGCAGGGUGUCACUAUGUGGUGGUGGCUACUCUAUCUCUAAAUUUGGAGUAGAGGCUUUUUCUGACAGCAUCAGGCGCGAGCUGAAAUAUUUCGGAGUGAAAGUUUCCAUCAUCAAUCCAGAUUUUUUUAAGACAUCAAUUCUGGAUUCAGGUCGUCUUCUGGAAAACAUAAAAAAUGCUUGGAACAAAGCACCACAAGAGAUUAAAGCUUCCUAUGGUGAACAGUAUUUCCAAAAUUAUUGUAAUCGUAUUCAUCACCUCACUUUAUUGGGGAACACCAAACUUAAAAUUGUGACAGAUUGCAUGGAGCAUGCUCUGACUGCAGUGAACCCAUGGACACGCUAUUCUGCGGGCUGGCAUGCCAAAUUCUUCUAUAUGCCCCUCUCUUACCUUCCAGCAUGGGUGGCUGACUACAAGCUUUGCUGGUCCCCAAAUUAACAAAGUUGAUAGCCAAUCUCUUUAAAAUAGAAGAACAAAAUAAGUAGCACGUGCCAUUCUAAACUGAGAUCAUAAAUAAUGCGAUUGCAUAUGAUUCCAUAUUCAUAGUAAAUAUAUAGGUCAAUUAUUUGUUA